CCCCACCACCAUCACAGUUACUGCUAUGGAGUAUCCAGAGCUGCUCAAUUCCAAUCUGAGUUGAAGUCGUUGAAGUGGAUUUGUCGACCAUUGCCAUUAAACAUAAUCUCGAUAUAACGAAUGCGUCGAGAAGAGCAUAUUUUUCUCAUAACCGUCGUCAAGUGGUGCCCAAUGAACAAGUGAAUUAAUGGCUCGAUCUCUACAAGUGCUGGGGGGAGUACCACAAGGGCGUUAGCGCAAUUCAAAAGUCAUAUCUUCUAUCAACCGUAUAUACGUUUUGGGUGAACAAAAAAAGGAGGAAAAAAAAUAUCGAUUUUGAGACCAUGCACCAAACACGGUGAUUGCGCGCUGCAAUACACAUCUGUAGCUGUACGCAGUAAUUGAAAUUCGAGACAAUUGUUACAAUAGGAUAAGUGGAAUUGAUUGGUUUGUGGCCUGGGUUUUAAAGUUCGAUUGUCAAUGCGCUGGAACUGACUUGAAGGCGAAAACAACUGUGGAGAUUUCAGGAUUUUUAUUAUUCAACAUAAUUGUACGAUGGGUAUGGGCUUGAAACCCCUCGAAUUUACUGAUUGUCUCACCGACAGUCCGUAUUUUCGUGAGAAUUUGCACUAUCACGAGAGCGAAUUGGAAAAAACUAGUCUGCAAAUAAAACGACUUAUCAAAGAGGUCAAGGACUUGCUAAAUGCUGCUAAAAAUCUGUCCCGAGCCCAGAGAGCAUUCUCCAAAACACUGCAAAACUUUAGUUUCGAAUGUAUUGGCGAAACCCAGACUGAGGAUGAAUUACAUAUAUCACAGAGCCUAAAGGAGUUUGGUAAACUAAUAGCAUCGAUCGAAGAUGAGAGAGAUCGCAUGCUUGCAAGGGCUUAUGAUCAGAUUAUUCUUCCUCUUGAGAACUUCAGGAAGGAACACAUCGGGGGAGUGAAGGAAGGAAAAAAGAAAUUUGUCAAGCAGACCAUCAAAUUCUGUCAGAGUCAAGAGCGAUAUUUGAAUUUGUCGACAAAAAAGCAGGACAAUGUUCUUCAGGAGGCCGAUGCAACAUUGGAUAUGGCAGAACGUCACUUUUGUCAAGCCAGUUUAGAGUAUGUGUUUUUACUGCAGGAAGUUCAAGAGCGAAAGAAAUUUGAAUUCGUGGAAACGCUUCUGGGAUUUAUGUUUGGUUGGUUGACGUUCUACCACCAGGGUCACGAAGUUGCUAAAGAUUUCAGGCCUUAUAUGACCGAACUGCAAUUGAAAAUACAGAAGACUAGAGAGAAUUUCCUUGCCACCCGGGAUAAAACCGAAUCGCUUAUGAAUAAAAUGAAGGACAUGAAAAAGUCAGCUGUUGAGACCGGAUUGAGCAAGUUGAAUUCACGAGAGGGAUAUCUUUUUUUGAUGGAGAAGAAGGCUUUUGGUACAACAUGGACGAAGCAGUACUGCACAUAUCAAAAAGACAAGAAGGAGUUCACAAUGAUCCCGUACAAUCAAUUAACCGGAAAAUUCAGUAACAAGGAGACACUAACACUGGCGAGUUGCGUUCGUCGUAUGUCCGAGACAAUUGAAAAGAGAUUCUGCUUCGACAUCACAGCAGUUGACAAGCCCGGCGUAACGUACACGUUCCAGGCAUUAUCUGAGGAGGAUAGGAAGCUAUGGAUGGAUGCCAUGGAUGGAAAGGAACCAACUUAUGCGCUCCAGGGCCCAUCAGUAAAGACUGAGGAGACGAUCUUGGAUGAAAAUGGUUUUACAUUUGUUUCAAAAUGCAUUACAGUGCUUGAAGACAGAGGUCUGGAAGAGCAGGGGCUUUACCGAGUGGUCGGAGUUGCCUCGAAAGUCAACAAAUUGUUGGCGAUGGGACUGGACCGAAGGAAAUUGGAAAAGCUCAAUCUCGAUGACAGAUUCGAGUGGGAGAGUAAAACAAUAACGAGUGCACUUAAAACCUAUCUGAGGACCCUAUCCGAGCCUGUUAUGACGUUUCGAUAUUACAACAGUUUCAUAAUUGCUGCAAAACAAGAGUCUCGAGAAUCAAGGAUCAACGAUGUACAUAUCCUCGUGUAUCGACUGCCGAAGUACAACUUCAAUAUGCUAAUGCUAUUGAUCAAGCAUCUCCGAAAUGUAGCAAACAAGUGCGACAAGAAUUUAAUGACAGUUGGCAAUCUGGCUGUUUGUUUUGGGCCAACACUACUGCGCCCCGAGGAGGAAACAGUUGCCUCGAUAAUGGACAUUAAGUUCUACAACAUCGUUGUGGAGAUAUUGAUCGAAAAUUGCGAGAGGAUUGUAGCUGGGCCCCCAGAAUUCACUAGACCCUCACAGACUCAGCAGAAUCCCAUGACAACUGGAACGAGACACGAAACUGAUGAUAGCCCCAGUGCAACCGCCGGAAAUGGAAAUGCCAUUAAUAGAUAUACCGUGCACACUGCCGUUCCUGCCACUCAUUCGCAUUUGGUUACGAGAUCGUAUUAUGAUGGUCCGAUUCCAAUUGUAACGAAGCCAUCGACCCUGGAUGAUCGGAAAAACGGAGAUUUCGAGGACAUUGAACACGGCGCGCAACGACUGCCAAUGUUCUCCGAUGCCCGAGUCAGUCGUUCCAAGUUGACUAAUGCCAAUUUCAUGUAUCAUUCCGCGGACAAAGUUCUAGGUAGUGGAAACACAAGUAGUUCAAGCGAGUCAGUGGCUUCAGACUCACAUUUAUUCAGUCAGGAGCUACCGACAAAGCACAAACGUGGUUCCAUGAUGGGUAUGCAUUAUCCGUCUGGCUACACGCAACGCAGUAAUCCAGCGAUAUCAGUAGUUAAUACCUCGCCGAGCAGUGGCAGGUCAAGCCCAGGGCAAGGAAUCUGGCGAGUGCGGACUCUUUACGCCUGCAUGGCUGAAAAUGAUGGUGAACUGUCAUUUGAACCCAAUCAAAUCAUAACAAAUGUGAAACCCUCUCUUGAGCCAGGUUGGCUGGAGGGAACAUUGAAUGGGAAAACAGGACUGGUACCGAAGAAUUAUGUAGAACAGUUACCCUAAAGAAUGAUCACGUGAACCAAAGAAUUCACAGACGCACUGUUCACUUUCGUGACACAGCAUUCACAUUCCUACAUGUUUUAAUUUUGUUUGUUUUGAAUUAAUUAUUUUUGUUGCACAUUGUUGGUCUCUUUGCAAUAUUUAUUAAUUCAAUAGCAAUUGGCGUUGAUAAGUCCACUUGCAUUUUUAAUCUAUUUUAUUUAUGAACAAGUGCCCGAUUUGCUCAAGUACAUCGGCAUGCAUUAUUUACCUGUAAAUAAAUAGUCUGUAAAGGGCCCAAGGAAAUGAUUAAGGUAAUUUAUUUAAGUAAAAUUUGUAUACAAAAGUGUGUAUAUUUUGUUGGCGUAACCAGCUAAUUUUUAUCUUCAAAGUAUGUAAAUAAUUGAAGAAAAUUUAUAUUUAUGAUAGAAUAGUUUUCGAUGAAUUUUAAUCGCCGCACACUUCUGCCAUUUUCAAACAAAAAUCAACUCCACGUAAAUUAAUCGAAGGAACAAAAAGAUUUUUGGUACAUUUUUCAAAAUCACUAUGAUUUUCUUUACCGUAGCUUAACUAUUAUACUGGUAUGUGAAUAAACACUCCACUAAAAACACUCCAGCAAUUCACAUUCACACGUGCAUCCACUCCUAAUGCAUUAUAAAUCUCCAUUUCUUUUCAAUGGAUAAAGCGUUGGGAAUCUGAACCCUUUUUGGCCUCAAGUGUUGCCAUUUUGACGAUUUUAUCAAAACUUUGAUGAUGAAAAAAUGUGAAAGACUUGGAUUUCCUAUAAUGGGCGAAUACCAUUGUUACAAAUAUUUUAAAAUGCAUCUACCUUUACUUCGCACACAAUGAUUUAUCUAAUUAUCAACAUUAAAGUGCUUUUAUGCAUGCCAUUUUUCCUAGCACCUAUUCAAUGUAUUCUAAAUAAAUUCGAAGGAAAUACAAAAAUGGAAUUUUUCCCAAGAAAGUUAUUUAAUUUUCUCGAAAAUCAUAAAACUUCUCUCUUUACAUACUCUUAUAACAUCUGAAAAUAUAUCUCCGAAGUUGUAGACUUUUAUUGUCAAAUAAUAGUGAAAGAAAUAAUCAAUCUGUUUUUAGGAAAAAUCUCGUUACUCUCCCGAAGCGGGCAUUGAGAUUAAAUUUUGCAGAAUGAUUUCAAUGAAUUUAUUUAGAGUAUAGUUACGAGUCGG